AUGGGAAAGCCCCACAAGCUAUUGGCACAAUGGAUCAGGCCAGUAGUAAUUGAUGGAGUGGUAAAAGAAGGAGCCACCUACCAUGUGGAGCUCCCGGAGGACCUCAGGCGGCGCAGGAUCAAGGCAAUAUUCCAUGCAUUGCUACUCAAGCCGCAUAUACCCUACAAGGACCGCAGGUUCCCAGGGAGGAACUACAAGCAAAUUGCAUUGUUGGAAGCCAAUGACAACAAAUGGGCAGUAGAGAAAAUAGUAGGGCAUUGUGGCAAGGGUAGUAACACUAUGUUCAAAAUAGCGUGGCAAACUGGGGAUUGCACUUGGGAAACAUACCGUGUGGUCAGGCACUUAGAAGCACUCAAGCAAUACUUCAAAGCCAUAGGGGUCAAACAAGCUAGGGACCUACCUUGGGCGGAAGGAGGAGACACACCCUAUGAUGAGCUUAGUGAUAGCGGGUCUGAAACCCUGGAGGGCGCAAGCAUACGCGUACUUAAGGAGGGAGACCCAGAGUACAAGCACCUCACCACACCACUGUUGCAUAUCAAGCUCACUGAAUUACUAUCACUAUACAAAAGAUGCCCCACGGCCAAUGCCAGCAACUUAGUUGGGACCACAACCAACAACAAGACAAACCACCAGCAUAUCAACAGGACCAGUACAACCAAGUCAAUCUUGGGUUACUGCGGCUGCUCAACACCGUUGCGCAGACCAGCCUCAAAACCAUCCAAGCCUGUAACCCCCAAGUACAGCAAAGAGGCUGACAAGGGGGCAUGGGGCCACGCCUGA